CUUAUUACUUCGCAUGACACCGUGCGGCGUGACACGUCCGAUUGUUUCUGUUGUGCUUGUGUGAGACCGUGUGUUUGUAAAGCCACUCUGCACGGGGUAAAAUUGACCUGAUCUGCCCAUUGCAUUUGUCCACUGCACUGACGGUACAAGCAUUAAAGGUCAGAGGUGUAAAUGUGCAGCAACCAGGGGCUAUUUUAAGAGCCUUUCAACAGGUCUCCCCUUUGCUGUUACACCUCACCCCUUAGUUAACUGUACUGUGUGCGCGCUGCAUGUGGUUGUGAGUAGUGGGGCCCGUGGUGGAAGCUGGUAGACUGUGUUAUCACUACACUGGUAGUCAGCAUGGCUCUCGAGGGAAAGUGAUCCCAUCAUACAACUUUGAAGGUUGUUGUACAUUGCAAGGAUUACAACAACAACAACAACAAAUAAAUAAAAACCUUAAAAAUAACUGUAGGGUCACCAUUUUUUUAAGUGAUACAACUGAGAAAAAUAAUAUACAUUAUGACCAGGUUAUUCCAAAUUCACUUUCAGACUACACUGAUUGUAAAUGUAGUCAGUUAUUCUAUCUGUACAUUCUUUGUUGUCAUACUGCUUUUUUUGUGGUGUGCUAAACAAAGAAUUCCUAACAUUGUACCUCCAUAAAUCAUCUAGUAGUGUCAUAAUAACUGCUGUCGUUUGGGGAUUCUGUACCUGCUAAAAGGCAGCUUGCAAAGGACAACAUCUCCUCAUCUGAGGGCAGCUAUUAUGACUUGUCUAUCAAUCAAAGGGAACAUAUGUGAUAAGGUGCAUCCAUUCUCAGUAUUAACACAGCAGUGCAGCAUCAUGAGACCAUAGCAUUUUGAAGUAUCAAGGGUAAUAAUCAGUCAAGUGCUGUCUCAAUUUACUGAAGUUCUUCUCAUAAUUACAUUACCAUCAUAUAAUAUUUCAUCUUGACUCUCUAUAAGGGUUAACAUAACUAGCAUUCCUAAGUAUAUACAAUGCAUUGUAAUUCCUUGCUUGCUGUACAUGAUCCUCAUCACCCAGGGUGUAAGUCAUUGUUGAUUCAUGCAUGUCUAAAACAACAAAUCUAACUCUAUGCUACUAACUCCUUCCUGUGAAUUGCUGUAGAUUUGUGAUUUAGCUGAGAGAGAUGAUUGGCCUUAAUUUCACCUUUUGAGAAUGGCCGCUUCAGUGGCCGCGAGUGCCCGGCCUCAUCGGAAAGCACACCAUCUUGGUUCCAUCUAUGAACCUCUCAAACUGUCCAGUCUCCAGCAUGAGGAUGAGCCCCUAUGGGAGAAGCUGGACCGCUAUUACAAUGCCGUCAAGACGACCAUUCUGAACUACCAGAGUCCAACCACUGGCCUUUUCCCGGUCAAAACAUGCCCCACCUGCAAGGAGGCCAAGGUCCGGGACUCCCUGUACUGUGCUGCCAGUGCUUGGGCCCUGUCUAUGGCCUACCGACGCAUCGACGACGACAUGGGGAGAACCCAUGAAUUGGAGCAUUCCGCCAUCAAGUGCAUGAGAGGGAUCCUCUACUGCUACAUGAGACAGGCUGAUAAGGUGGAGCAGUUCAAACAGGACCCCAGCCCCUCCAAGUGUCUGCACUCAGUGUUCGACGUAGUCACUGGCGACGAGGUGCACUCCUACAGCGACUACCACCACCUGCAGAUCGAUGCCGUUUCCCUGUUUCUGCUGUACCUGGCGGAGAUGAUCUGCUCCGGUCUGCAAAUCAUUUACAACACCGAUGAGGUCUCCUUCAUCCAGAACCUGGUGUUCUGUGUGGAAAGAGCCUACAGGGUGCCUGACUACGGCAUGUGGGAGAGAGGCAGCAAAUACAACAACGGCAGCACUGAGCUGCAUUCCAGCUCUGUGGGCUUGGCUAAAGCUGCUCUGGAGGCCAUCAAUGGAUUCAACCUGUUUGGAAACCAGGGCUGCUCGUGGUCGGUGAUAUUUGUGGAUCUGGACGCCCACAACAGGAACAGGCAGACCCUGUCCUCCUUACUGCCCCGAGAGUCUCGCUCACAUAACACAGAUGCAGCCUUGCUUCCAACCAUCAGCUAUCCUGCCUUUGCAGUAGAUGACGAUGCCCUCUACAGUCAGACACUGGACAAGAUUGUCCGCAAGCUGCGGGGCAAGUACGGCUUCAAACGCUUCCUCCGUGAUGGCUACCGCACCGCUAACGAAGACAAGGAUCGCCGCUUCUACAAACCUGCUGAAAUGAAGCUUUUUGAUGGGAUCGAGUGCGAGUUUCCCAUAUUUUUCAUCUACAUGAUGAUUGACGGGGUGUUCAGAGGAAAUAGCGCUCAGGUCAAAGAAUACCAAGACCUCCUUCAACCCAUCAUCUUCCAGUCUUAUGAGGGCCAUGCUGUGAUCCCCAAAUACUACUACGUACCGGCUGACUUUGUGGAGGCGGAGCAGAACAAGCACGGAAGCCAGAAGCGUUUCCCUAGCAACUCUGGCCGUGAUGGGAUGGUCUUCCUGUGCGGUCAGGCCCUUUACAACAUCGCCAAGCUGCUGGUGGAUGAGCUGAUCAGCCCUAAAGACAUCGAUCCCAUCCACCGCUACGUUCCCCGCCAGGACCAGCGCAACGUCAGCAUGCGAUACUCCAAUCAGGGUCCCAUAGAGAACGAUGUGGUGAUUCACGUGGCCCUGAUAGCAGAGAGCCAGAGGCUUCAGGUGUUUUUGAACACCUAUGGCAUUCAGACCCAGACGCCCCAGCAGGUGGAGCCCAUCCAGAUCUGGCCUCAGAAGGAACUGGUCAAGGCUUACCGUUUCCUUGCCGUCAAUAAAAAGCUGGGGUUGAGUGGGCGUCCAGAGAGGCCAGUGGGCUGCAUUGGGACCUGCAAGAUUUAUCGGAUCCUGGGCAAGACGGUGGUGUGCUACCCAAUAGUGUUUGAUCUAAGUGACUUUUACUUGUCCCAGGAUGUCAUGCUGCUGAUUGAUGACAUUAAGAACGCCCUGCAGUUCAUCAAACAGUGCUGGAAGAUGCAGGGACGUCCUCUCUUCCUGGUUCUCAUCCGCGAGGAUAACAUCAAGGGGAGCCGCUUCAACCCAGUCCUGGACAUGCUGGCCUCGUUCAAGAAAGGCAACAUCGGAGGGGUCAAAGUUCAUGUCGACAGACUUCAGACCCUGAUAUCUGGAGCAGUGGUGGAGCAGUUGGACUUCCUGCGUGUCAAUGAGGCAGAGAUCCCAGAGUUUAAGAGCUUUGAGGAGCUGGAGCUGCCUAAGCACUCCAAGGUGAAGAGACAGAUGAGCACACCCAACGUCUCAGAACUGGAGCAGCAGCCUGAGAUCAAUGUGGAGGAGUGGCUGCUGAAGCCCACCCAUGAGGUCGUCCAGAAGUUCCACGACUGCAACUGCUUGGCCAGUCAGGCUCAGCUUGCAGUUAUCCUUCUGAGAAGAGAAGGGCCAGACUUCCUUGCCAAAGAUGAGAACCUGAGGGAUGAACUGGAGAGAAUCUACAGAAGAGCUGGCAGCAGAAAGCUUUGGUCUGUUGUCCGUCUUGCUGCCAGUCUCUUAACUAAGCUAGUGGACAGCCUUGCGCCCAGUAUUACUAGUGUUUUAGUGCAUGGCAAGCAGGUGACCCUCGGCCUAUUCGGGCAAGAAGAAGAGGUGAUCUCCAACCCGCUGUCGCCAGGGGUGAUCCAGGGCAUCAUCUACAGCAGGUGCGCCCCUCAAGGUGGGGAGCGCGAGGCCGUGCUUCAGCAGGAACUGGUCAUUCAUAUCGGAUGGAUUAUCUCCAACAACCCAGAGCUGUUCAGCGGCAUGCUCAAGAUCAGAGUCGGAUGGAUUGUUCAGGCCAUGAAACACGAGCUGAAGAUCAGGGCAGGAGACAUGCCAGCUCAGGACAUCUACCAGCUCUCCCCCAGCGACAUCAAGCAGCUCCUGCUGGACGUCCUGCAGCCACAACACACCGGCAGGUCUUGGCUGAACAAGCGUCAGAUCGAUGGCUCUCUGAACAGGACCCCUCUGGGCUUUUAUGAUCGUGUGUGGCAGAUCCUGGAGAGGACCCCCAACGGUUUUAUGGUGGCUGGGACUCACCUCCCACAGCAACCGACACUGUCUGACAUGACCAUGUAUGAGAUGAACUUCUCCCUGUUGGUGGAGGACACGCUGAAGAACAUCAUCCUGCCUCAGAACAGACAGAUCAUAGUAGAGUUGCUGAUGGUGGUGUCCAUAGUGCUGGAGAGAAACCCGGAGCUCGAGUUCGGCGACAAGGUGGAUCUGGACGGUUUGGUGAAGGAAGCCUUUAAUGACUUCCAGAAGGAUCGCGGACACUCCGAAGGCACAGAGAAACAGAGUGACAUGGAGGCAUUUUACGACACGCCAGCGGUGGGAAAGAGAGGCACCUCCAGCUACCUGACCAAGGCAGUUAUGAUCCUGUUGCUGCAAGGGGAUGUCAAGCCCUGCAAGGACGACCCAUGCUCUGUUAGCUAGAUUUACAGUGCUUUGACCCCUAAGCCCAGCCUGCUGCAGUGUAGUCAUCAAACGGUCUGGCAGGGCCUUCUGAGUAUCCAUCUCGUGUAUUCAGUAGAUAACCUCUAACCUCUCCAAUCCUCCCUUUGGCAGGACUCCUGCAUGCUACAUUUUUCCUGGACUUUUGCUUCAACAGCAAUAAAAGCUGUAAGCAGAGGCCUCGAAUGGCAUAGAUUAGCAUGUCUGCAGUUUGCUCCAGUGGGUAACAUACAUCCACCAGUCCAGUUUACGAUAAAAACAAAUGUUGAAGAUUGGAAGGAAAUACUCACGAUAUCACCAGGGCCUUGUUUCUUUUAUCUCUACACAUGUUUAUUCUGUAUCCCAACUGUACUGUGUAAACAUGUGUUUGAGUUACAUUGAAUUUGCUCUAGUUAUUUAUUAGCAUUGGUGGCUAGUCAUGUCAAAUGCCACAUAACUAGCUAGCUGUUCUCUUUACCUGGAUGCCGUAGGUUAGUCUGUCUGCACUUUGUUCCAAGGCCUAAUGUACUCCACAUCCACCAGGUGUGAUCACUAGCACCUAGACCCUUGCGUAACCGUUACGCUUCUUUCUGUUGCCAGAACUCAGUCCCCCAGCUGUUUUAUGUAUUCAAAUUAAGUUUUUUUGUAGUUUUUUUAAAUUACCAUAGGUGGCAAGCUAUUUAUGUCAAAAAGGCACAUAGCCACCUACUGUUAUCUUGCCCUUUCUCCAAUAAUAAGUAUUUUCUCUAAAACCAUCAAAAUAUAAACAAAUUGAAGGAAUUGUCCUAUUGUAGCUUAGCAUAAAAACUCAAUGGGGGAACAGGCUGCUGGCUGCAGUUUCAUAUUUAGCUUACAGGACAUGAGAGUGGUAUCAAGCUUCUCAUCUAAUUCUCUGUCAUGAAAUGAAUCGGCAUAUUUCAGGAAAUGACUUUCUUACAUUUUUGGUUUUGCUUAGAAAUUCAAUUUAAAUGUUUUGUAUUCUGGUUAUCAGGUAUUCAAUGCCAUAAUUAACCAUUAGCACAGAUGUAAGCUAUACCUCACCAGCAAUAACGUUUAGCUCUUACAUAGCAGUUAGACAGUACAAGGUCAUGUCGUAUAUUGAGAGGUGUGGUUCUCAAAUCAAUGCAUUUGGCGCCCAGGGGUGUCUGCCAUUAUUUCAUACAUGAGCUAUCAGUAUAAAUAUAUGAAUCGAUAUCUGGUUAUCCUCUUCUAAACAAUUUGUGGGUCUUUGGCAUUUGGCAGUUUUGAGAACCAGAGAGAUAUUUUAAAUUGUAUAGUGAAUUACUAUUAGUUAGUCUUUUUGAAGUUUGUUCUACUACGUUGAGCUUCUCUUUGUGAAACGCUGUGUCCUCUUACCUCUAUGCAUGCACAGUCUGCCGCAUGACCAUAGGUACUGUUUGCCAUAAACAUGGUGACGGUUUCUCUGAAUGUUAUAGGCUACAAAAGAGAGUUUAUUUUGCACAAUAAGGCUCUGCGUGACAAUGACUACUGCGCAUCUGUAGUCCUGAAACUGAGGAUCCUUUAGAAAAUGCCUGUUGAAUGUGGGCAACAGUAAACACCGCUGUCAUCCUUAGGUAGAUAGGUAAUGAAUAUCAUUACCGCCCAAUCUUGUCACUGUGUGUGUGUGUGUGUGUGUGUGUGUGUGUGUGUGUGUGUGU